AUGGAUUAAUAAAAUACAAUUUCACGUUGUCUAGAUCAUAAUGAAUUUAUUACCUUUCUUGCAAGAUCUAAAUUCGAUUAAAAGAUAGUCAAACUUUGUCAUAAGUGUGUGGUUGAAAAAAAGAAGGAUUUAGUUUUAAUAGAUGAUGCCAAGAAAUAUCUUUAAGAAACAAAGUUAGGAAUACUAGAGGAAAGAGAGUCCUUAAACAAGCAGAAUGUAGGAAUUUUGAAUGAUUUAAAAUAAAACUUGGAAAAUCUUUCUUUGAACUUCAAUCUAUAAAUUGAUAAAAUUAAGGAGAAUAUAGGCUCCGGAGUCAAGCUCAUAGAGACAUUCUCAAAGUAAUUCUAGAAAGUUUUAACUGAAAUUUCAUUCGAUCAAGUAGAGAAUGUAGAUUUAGAUAAAAGUUCAAUUAUUGGACAAUAAUUAAAUUGGUAAUCUAUUCAAAUGGACAACUGUUUAUCAAGUUUAAAUGUUGGCGAGUAGAGUGAAGCUUUGAAUUAAUUAUUUAAUAUUGGGUCUUUUAUUGAUUAAUAGACAUAGAUAAAAGCAGAUUGGAUAUGUGAUAAGCACGAACAAGGAAUAGUUUUCGUUGAUUUAUCCGAAUAAAAAAGCAUUCAAAAUAGAUUAGCUUGUCUUGAAUGUAUUCCUGAAUAUGUUAUUUAAUACACCAAUUUAGGACAAUUGCAAAAGAUGUGGUAGAAGCAUACUGAACAGGCUUUGACAUUCUUUAAUGUUUAUUAAAGCAAUACUUCGAGUAAACAGUCUCAAGUAAUUCUUUAACUCAAAGAGUUUAGAGAAGUAAUUUUGAAGUUAUUUGAGUAAUUAAUUGAAUCAAUUUAGAUCAAAGUUUAAAUAGAAAAUAAUGAUCUCCAAUAUCAUCAUAAGUUACUUUAAAAAACAUGGCAAUCGUUAAGGAAAGAAGAUCUAAUUAAUAUUGUUGAUCUUCUGAGUUCAUAAAAUAGAUUAGCUCUAGUUAAUCGCAUGAUAGAAUAAGAAUUUUAAUCCAAAGAUUAAGCUAUUGAUUCAAUCAUUUGUUCUCAAAUGCAGCAACUCUAAAAUUUAAUAAACUCUACUUUUCCAUAACUUAUUACAUCCACCGUUAAGUCAUUCAUUUCAAAUCAAAACCUUAAUUAAAAUAAGAUUGAUGUUGAAACAUAAAUUUAAUAAUCCUUAUCCUUGUAAUCUUAAAUCAUCACCCUUCAUUUAUAACUUCAUAAGGAAAUCAUUUUACCUUAAAUUUCCAAACCAUUUUCUUUUGAAGUAGUCUCCUAAAUAUCAGAAAGUACUACAUGUUAAGCAUUUGCACUUAAUAAUGACUCAUCAAUUUUAAUUGCUGGGUAAGAUAGUGGAUCAAUAAAGGUUUUUGAAUUCAAUUUUGGAUAAUUAAGAGAAAUUCAAUUACUUAAAGAGCAUUCAAGUAAUAUUCGACGUUUAUAUUUCAUGUAAAAGGCUUCUUCACCCUUAUCUGCUGGUGAUGAUAAUCAAAUAAUACUCUGGAAGGUGAAUAAUCAGAAAUAAUGGUAGAGUCACAAAAAAUUAGAAGGUCACACAGGUACAGUUAGUUGUUUAAUUAUGAACAAUUAAGAAGACCUUAUCAUAUCUGGUAGUAAUGAUAAAACUAUUAACUUUUGGGUUUAAGAGAAUUAAUAAUGGAAAUGCAAUUAGACAAUAUCAGAUCAUACAAACUAUGUUAGGUGUUUAUCAUUGAAUGUAUUAGAGAAUAUGCUGAUAUCAUGUGGCAAAGAUAAUUUACUCUUAAUCAUCUUAUAAGACAAUAAUAAAAGAUGGAGUACAAUCUAAAAGAUAUCAACUGAAAGGUGUGGCUAUAGUUUAUGUUUCAUAACUGAUUAGAUGUUUACAUUUUAACAGGAAACAAUAAAUAUAAUGCAUAUCUAUCAAUUAAAUACAACAAGUUAAUAAUUUAUUAAAAUGGAAUAGGAAGUAAGCAUUAAAUCAGAUUAAAAUUGUUCAGCUUUUUUCCCUUAAAAAUUUGUAAAGGAAAAGUAAAUUCUGCUAAAUAAAAAUGGAAAAAAUGUAAAUUUAAUUAGACUUCAUAGGAAUGGUUAAUUCAAAACAGAAUAAUCUAUAUAGAAUAGCAUUUGUUGUGGACUAUUUGGUACUAUUUCAAAUGAUGGAAGUUAUUUAGUCACAUUUGAGAGUGAUAAUAAGGUGAUAAAAGUAAGAAAAUAUAGAGAGAAUUGA